GUUGUGGCGCAGGCUGCCGAGCAGAUCGGCGGGGACAACGCCGCCGAGUUCGCGGCCGCCACCGCAGCUCACCACCACGAGCAGCUCGCUACCGAGGCUGGCCGCAUCGCCGAGAUGGACGCCAACGUAAUUAGUCAUCAUGCAGUCGAGGCUCUGAGAGUCAGACUGCCGUGCCACCGCCGUGCGCGACAAGGUGCACAAGCUUGGUGCGACGGCAUCGCCCAGCAGUUGGCUCGACGCGACGGCGAGCACACUGAUACCGUCAAGGCGCUGCAAUACCACCUACGCAUGGUUGAGCAGGGGCGCUAG